GCUCAGCCCUGCAAACAGAGAUUUAUAUCCUGCUUUUCUCUUUUCGUUGCGCAAACAUCGCACCUAGCCACCGACAAGCAACGAUAAUCUCCAGCGGCGCCGAUUCACCAUGGCGCAACGACCAGUAUUUUGGCAGAAGCGCGUUCUCGUGCCCUUCUGGGUGGUGCGAAUAUGCAUCAUGCUCUUGAUCAUUGGAGCAGUAGGCAUCUCGCUGAGCAAUGUGAAAGAAUUGGAAGACAUUAUCCAACCCUCAGUCUCAUUACUCAUUGUCAUUAUACUCUUCAGCUGUAUAGUACUCCUCAUCGACAUUCUCGCCAUCUUGCUCUUCCUUCGCGAUGCGCUGAAACCCGGCACUUUCCUCACCAUGAACUCGUUCCAAACUGCGUUCUGGGGCGUCGCCUUGAUCAUGGAAUUUGCGGAUAUAGGCAAGGGCGGUAGCACUGUAGGGCUUGGAUUCGGCGUCUUCGUAUUCCUCAGCUACUUCGGACUCUUCGUUUACUCGGUCAUCGGUUACCGUCGCGCAAAGGCAGAGGCCAAACGAGGCCAGUAUGCGCCGGCGCACAAUCCAUUCGGCGGUUCCGUCCCUGCUCAGCAAUCAUCUCCGUACAACAGCGCACCCGAAUACCAAAAUACCGCAUACCACUCGCAGACGCAACCUGCUGAGAUGAACAACCAGUAUCUUCCACCAUACCAGAGUGGUGCUGCGACCGACUACUACCAGCAGCCGGUGAAGCCUGCUCAUAUAGUAUGAGCGAGGGAUGGAAAUAUUGAGGAUCUGGCGAGGGGCACAGAGAAAUAUUGAACAUUUGGACAAGGCGUUCUGGUGACUGGGAAGAAUGAUACCAUGGGAUCCGGAUACUUUCACACGUCGACAUGCCGCAUGAACCUUCAUGCGCAGCGGUCCGAACGACUCAA